CGCUCGAGGGGGCUUCAUUUUCAGUGUGGACCCAACAAAGCCACCGAGUCGUGGGCCUUGGUCUUUAACCCCCGUCUGUCGCACGCGAGGCACGAGUCACGCUGUCGCAAUCCGCCGUCGAGGCAGCUCGAGACGCAUUAUUCAUAGACGCCGCGUCGUUGAACGCGUACGGCGAGCAAUUCUGGUUGACUCCUGCCGCGUGCUCUUUGAUCAUACAUUUAGGUGGGUUUUUAUUUUAUACCUGUCAGCUACUGCUUGCGACGACGACGAUGAAGAUGAGGUUUUGGCUGAGUGAGCCGGUUUGACUUGACGUCCGGAUAAAAGUCGCAGCAGCAGCAGUCUCCACCACCUCCGCUGUGAGCCAUGAAGUCUCCAGGAAUCUACUGCGUCCUCGCUGCGGCGGGGAGCAUCGCCUUCACCUGGCUGCUGAUCAGAGGAUACAGCGAGCGCAGCGCGCCCCUCGUCAGCGCCGCGGAGAGAGCGGUCGACUCGACGGCUGCCUCCGCCGUGACGCAUGAGCAGGUGCUCUUCAAAUGCGGGUUGACGUCCCCGUGCCCGCCCGGCCACUUCUCCUUCAAGGUCGUGAGCGGAGCGGCGAACGUCCUCGCAAGCAAGAUCUGCUGGGAGGACGCGAUCGUCACGAUGCCAGCUCUGAGCGAGAUGCCAGGAGGUCUCAGUGUGCUGCUCAUCAAUGGAAUGAAUGGUGCAAUCAUGGACAGGAGGAUAUUUAAUUUAUACUCGGGAGACCCCGAGGAGUGCCUGCAGCUGCUGAGGGCGAUAGAGGAGAAGACCAUCGUGGUGGUGGCCUCGUUCGACGACGUCGCGACCCGCAUGGACGGCGAGAUCAGAGACAUCCUCUCGGAGCUGGGAAGCACGCAGUCCAAGUCGCUCAAGUUCCGAGACAGCUGGGUCUUCCUCGGAGCCAAGGGCGUGAACGGACAAAGUCCCUUUGAGCAGCUCGUCGAAAACAACAAGAGAAGCAACGCGUACGCCGGCUGGCCGGCCAGGGCGGAGGUCGCUGGCUGCGUUCCCCAGUUCCGACCCUGACGGGAGAUGAGGAACUUCCCCGUCGCGUGCCUCCAAAUGCCUCCAUCGCCCCCCACGUGCGACUUUCGGUGUCACGGCCUCCAAAUGCAAAGUAAAAAAAAAAGAUAAGAUAAAGGUGCAGCCCUGCAAACGACUUGUUCACGCCAACAGCAACGAGCCCCAUCAAAAGGUUCGUUUUGGCCUACUCUUCCACACUGGCCGGACUCACCACACGUGGUUACCCCACCACACGCGGCCUGCCCAUCGACCGUGUCCCCAUUCAAAGCGGCUGGGUCGACAGAGGCAGCAUGGGAGGAUUUGGAGAAACCUGCACCAUUGUUUCAACGGCCGUGCCAGGAGAUAGAAUCAGCCACCUGUCGGGCAUGGGAUGAUUCCCUUUCUACGUGUGUGUGUGUAUGUAUGUUGAACUUCUUUCGCAGCCAACCAUGCUAAAUCGGAGGACUAUAUUUAUAACAACAAUAAACGCGUGGACGCGUUCGCUGUGUCCGAGUGGUUGAGGAGAAGCUCGCGACGUUGCUCUGCGACGGAAAUAAAAGAAACGGUCAAAGGUGCAGCGGAGAGCCGGGAGCAUCCCGAAGGGUAGCAGCUCCUCUACCGCCAAUGUGCAGUCUGCUACCGCGAUUGAGCUAUCAUUAGAACCUUGACAAGCGUUUGCAUUGCCCGCGCUUAUCCAGGUAAAGCCUCACUGAAUCCCAAGUCACUUUUAACCGCUGGGUCCUGCUCACAUUUUUGUCGCAGUACGGGGGGCGAUGAUUGCAACGCGUUUCUCACAAUUAAGCAAUUUUGCGAGCAAUUUGGUAAAUGUGGACCAUGACGCUGGCACUCCGAGUCCUACUCUUUGUCCAGUGAGGUCACGCAAACUUUGCAUCCACUUGGAAGCAGCAGAUGGCUGCGUGUGUUUUACGCGUAACACAGAUGCAAGGAUUAGCCAGCGCGGCUGCCGGAGUUGCUUCUCAUCCCCUUAACUACAGUCAGGGUAGCGGACGGAGCUCACAAAAAACGGGAGCGUGAUACCCCGUCUUGCCUCAUAUGAUUAGGGGUGCAAUCCUGUCCGGGUUUUGUCUCCUUCGCCAGAAUCGUCCUCUUGUUGAGGGUAGCUGUACUGGGUCCAUCUGUAAGUCUUCCCGGGACAUUCAAUAUUAACCCUUUCCCGUUCCGAUGACGUACGUCUAUGGACGUACACGCACGUCAUCGGAAUGGGAAAGGACUAAAAGUAGCAGUUGCUUGUCAACGACGCGUGGGUCUCUUUUUCCUCGUGGUCGCGUGGAUUUUUUUCUCCGAGUUCUCCGGUUUUUCCCUCCACAUUUAGAAUCAACAUCACGCGUUUAGAGUAUUUGCCUGCUGUAAAUGUCCACGUGAUAAGCCACUUCGCUGAGCUAUCAUUGGUGGCCAGGCCGCUUCGUAAAAAGAGCUGCGGUACAUGGAUAGCUCAGUGGGCCUUACCUGGUGGUAAAACAACAACAAUAGUUUAGUUCAAAUUCUUACCGUCGCUAAAAUAUAAGUGGAAUAUAUAUACUUGGGGUGGGAGCUGGAACAGAGUUCCACGGCGGACAAGGCAGAUCGUGCCCGUUACGCGUUCUGUUAAACAUUUAACGCGAGCUCAAAGUUUGUUUCCAUUGACGGUGGCAUUGCUCUCCACUGGGUUUGUGGUUCCCCCUCACCCUUCCUCCCUCCCUCCCCUCAACCAUUUUAAACACGGUAACACCGCAGGUUUGCAUUAGACCAAGUCAGUUAGACACCACGCUCAUCUGGACGCGAACAAUGCAGGAAAGGGACGGGAGACAGAACUGAGUGGAACAGCAGUUGCUAGUAAGAACCUCAAUUUGCCUCCUGAAGAGAAAGAAUUAAUCAGAGGUGCGAGGGCUCACAGACAAGUAGGAAGGCAGCAACCACGCGUUGAGCCGACGCCAAGCUCUGCGGUCCUCUUUAUAAUCAGAUGUUUUAAGCCAAGCAAUGAGUUACACGUAUGGGAGGAAGUCGGAUCAGCCAGGGGAAGCCCACGCACGCGAGGGUGCAACACUGAAUCCCGUACAGAUGGAACAGAUGGAGUCGACAUUUGCUGCACUGCCUUCUCGCGGCAAGCCAGGGUAGAGCACCUCCGCGUCGCCCACGCGAAGGGAGUUUCACGACAUUGGUGCGGUGAUCCUCCAUCCCUCGCUGCUGCCUCCACACAGCGCUGCAUUACAGGCGGCCAUGCGCAGCUGCACCCAGACGGUCGGGGCAGCAGCUGCAGCAGCGGGAGUGAGGGAGAAGGAUGCGCUCGUGGCGGGCAGUGCGACUCGAUGGGGUCACGACCUCUGUCAGGGUGAGCGACCACCAGGCGCUCCCAUGGACGUCCACGGGAGCGAGAUGGCGUUGUUGGCAUCCCGCUGUUGAAAUGACAGUGUUUGGGUUCCUGGAGCCACCGAUUUUGUGUUGUUGUUGUCGCAGGGGACCGUCACACCUCAACGAUGGGACACUUUGUAUAACCGUUUUUGUUUAUUUUAAUGAGGCUUACAUGCCCCUGUGACAUCAGGUGCCAGAGUGGGCCAGUUUGGGUGCUACUUUUACGGUCCAAAUCCAAAAUGGUUAAAUUGCUGCUAAAGUCAAUUAAAUACUCUGUCUAUA